AUGUGUCUGGGGAACACUGGAAUGCACUGGAAACGUGACGUCACGUGCCAUUCAGAGAUGAGACCACUCAUGGUUCCUGAUCCUGUUUGUGCAUCGUGCCAUGGCAGUUUCGUCGAGAGGGUGAUUUUGCCUUUGCAUCUGUUCAAGUCCUCGUACCUAUCGUCCUUUAGAUGGAGAAUCCAAGAGACGAUCCUCGCGAAUUUACUCACACCGAUUACGGUGACCUUGAUGGACCACCUCCCGACAUGGACACUAUUCUUUAGGUAUGGCACGACCGUCGCAAACCCGGACACAAAACUCUACUUCACUUUCACGUUCCGUAAAUGUGUUUCUAAAUUCCCGUUUGCUCCUCUUGACACAUCUUACCAGAACAACAGAAUGAGUUUUCAAAUCAGCGGGCCGAACGGUUCACGAACAGUAACACUCGGCGGGAUCAACACGCUAGGUGACCAUUCUGGACCCAAUCCAGCUUCUGUGCCUACCAUGUCCGAGUUCCUUGGGCCGAACCCUCAAGGCGAAGGGGGCGCGAGAAUAACUGGACCUUUAAUAGCGCAAUAUCUUGCGGCCCUCCUCGGUCAGCAUGACCCGUUGGCGUCCUUUUUUGGUGGACAAUCGCCCGGCGGAAUACCGGAAAACGGCAGAAUGGGUGAUUAUGUAUUCAACCAAGAAGCCCUGGAUCAGAUCAUUACUCAGAUUAUGGAGGGUUCGAACGCCCACCGCCCGGUUCCAGCGACAGAUGAAAUAAUCGAUAAUCUACCUAGAGAAGUGUUGAUGGUGGGGUCUGCAACGUUACAAAACGACUGCGCCGUUUGCAAGGAUCAGUUCAAGCUCCAUACAGAUGACCCCGACGAACAAGUAGUCGUGACUCUUCCAUGCAAACACCCUUUUCACGAACCCUGCAUCAUUCCUUGGCUCAAGUCGAGUGGUACAUGUCCUGUCUGCCGAGAGUCAUCAACCCCCGGAGGGCUCAAGACCCACACAAACGCGUUCGAGUCCGUCGAGCCCUACGACGCCACCGCGGUCUAA